GUUUAAAUUUACAUGGAAUUGCAUUCCCAUGUUGUUGAACCCAUCUUCCAAGUUGUUAAUGCCCCAUUAGCUUCUCUAAGCUUGAAAACACAUGGGCAACGUUAGGGUUUUAGCUUUCUAUAUCACAAUAUGCUGCAUAGCAUUCAUUGUGUCCAAGGUCAUCAUUUCAUUUCUCCUCUACCAGAGAUGGAAGAGAAAGCACAGCAUUUUCCAGGACAGCAUAUCAGUUGGGAAGAUGGUGAUUUUCAGGUCAGAGUUGAUGCGAUGGCUGACAGAGGAUGUGUUUCUGAAGAAGACGAUGAAGCUGACAAAUAAGGAUAUACUGGGAUCAGGAGGGUAUGGGACGGUGUACAAGCUCACGGUGAAUGAGUCGAUUGCAUUUGCAGUAAAGAGAUUGAAUAGGGGGAGUGAGGAUAGAGACAAGGGGUUUGAGAGAGAGUUGAAAGCAAUGGGAGAUAUCAAGCAUAGGAAUAUUGUAACUCUUCAUGGCUACUUCAGAUCGCCUCAGUACAAUCUUCUUAUAUAUGAGCUAAUGCCAAAUGGAAGUUUAGAUGCAUUACUUCAUGGAAAAUCAAACAACAAGAUGACUCUGGACUGGCAUUCGAGAUACAAAAUAGCAGUGGGUGCAGCACGGGGCAUAUCGUAUCUUCACCAUGACUGUAUCCCUCACAUAAUUCAUAGAGAUAUCAAAUCCAGCAAUAUACUGCUUGAUGAUAAUAUGGAAGCUCGAGUUUCAGAUUUUGGACUAGCCACAUUAAUGGAACCAGAUAGGACUCAUGUUUCCACAAUUGUGGCUGGGACCUUUGGGUAUUUGGCUCCAGAGUAUUAUGAAACAGGUAGAGCAACAGCUAAAGGGGAUGUUUACAGCUUUGGGGUUGUUUUGCUUGAGCUCCUAACAGGUAAAAGACCGAUGGAUGAGACGUUCAUUGAGGAAGGGACUAAACUGGUGACCUGGGUGAAAGCAGUUGUUGAUGAGAAGAGGGAAGAGCAAGCAAUUGAUUGUAAUUUAGAUUCAUGUCCCGUGGAAGAAGUCAACCAAGUAUUCUGUGUUGCACUAACAUGCCUAGAAUCCGAGCCAUCAAAGCGACCAACCAUGGCUGAGGUUCUCAAGAUGCUUGAGGAGAUAAAAUCAAAUAAACAUGUUUCCUAAUGUAACACUUGCAUUGCAUCAUGCUCUUGACAACAAAAAGCUAUCGAGACAAAAGCUCUCAUUAUCCUCAAAAACAAUGAACUUACCUAGUUAUAGUAUAAAAAAGGGAUGCAACCACCCACUCCACACACUUUAAAAUUUGAAAAUAAUUCAGAAGUUUGCAAAUAAUUUUAUUUUGCAUGGUGUUA